CAGCAUGAGCAAAGUUGGAGCGGAACACAAACCCCGUCUAGGGUGCAAUACAACAAGUUUCCAAAAGAAAUCACGUAGCAAAUUAGUGUCAAUCCCGGGAACAAGACCCUCUGUUCAGAACGGACAGCUUAUUGUUUCCACUGGGGUUACGUCUCUUGAUUACGUGAUCGGAGGUGGCUUAGCUGUUGGGACACUGCUACUGAUUGAGGAAGACAAAUAUGACAGCUAUUCCCGAAUGCUUUUGAAGUAUUUCCUGGCUGAAGGUGUGGUGUGUGGACACAACCUCUUUAUAGCUUCUGCCCGAGACCAUCCAGAGGAUAUUCUGCAGGAACUCCCAGCGCCAAUUCUUGAUGACAUCGCCAGCACCAGAGUAGAGGAGGGGCAAACAAAGUUGGGUGACCCUGAGGGUCAGGACUCAAUGAAGAUAGCAUGGCGGUACCAGAACCUUCCCAAGGUGCAGACUGCCUUGGCUUCCUCGUCCAGAUUUGGACACUAUUACGAUGUGUCCAAGACAAUGGAUGCAGAGAUGAGACAGACCACUAAAUGCAACAGCUUCUUCCUCCCAGAUGAACUCCCCAUUAAUUCAGCCACAGAACCAAGCCAAAUGAAUGAGGGGUACAUGGCCCUGCUCAGGUCCAUCCAAGGAGUGAUCCGCAGAGAGGGCUUCGACGGAGCCACCCCCCAGAACAAGUCCAGGAACAUUCUGAGGAUCGGGCUCCACUCUCUUGGCUCUGCUCUGUGGGGAGAUGACAUCUGCUGCAAGGAGAACCCAAGUAAUGCCUCGAGUCUCACAACCUUCCUGUACGGUCUUCGCGCCCUGCUUCGAUCCUCUCUCUCUGUGGGUGUGGUAACAGUGCCCUCCCAUCUCAUACAGAACAGAGCAAUUAUGGGCCGUGUAACCAAGCUGUGUGACACAGCCAUUGCUCUUGAAUCAUUCAAAGGCUUGGAAGGGGAGACUAACCCUCUGUACAAGGACUAUCAUGGUCUGCUACACGUGAAGCAGAUACCUCAUCUCAACUGCCUGGUGUGUGAAGUCCCUGACACAAAGGAUCUGGCUUUUAAGCUAAAGAGAAAGCAAUUCACCAUUGAGACUUGUCAGACACAGUGAGCCGUUUGAAUAAACCGGAUCUGGCAGAAUCCGCCAAGCUGCUGAGCCCGAGCUGUGGCUCCACGGCCACAGGCAAGAAGCACCUGGACUUCUAGUGCUUUCCUCUUUAACCAUUUCACUUGCAAUUUGCAUGACAUCCUAAUUAGGGCUGUGCACUCAGCAUCCUCACAGGCCUGACGUCUUGUGUCAUCCUUGUUAUUGUUCACCCCCCCCCCCCUCU